ACUGGGCAAUAGGCAUAUAUUAACUGUGCAUGGUACGGUGUUUCUCUCCUAGUCUCUUUCAAAGCUCCUAAGCCCUAAGCUUUUAGUCGGACUAUAAAAGAAUUGCAGAUGACUUCCGGCACAUCGCUCUGCCGCUGCCACAAUUAAGUUGAUUUGAAUUAUCCGAACUGUGUUUUUCUUUUUUCCAACUACCAUUGACCACACGGUCCGGACUUCUCUCUCAUCGAGAUCACUCUCCUUCAAUUCAGCCUCUUGGCAGCAACCUCAGGCUCCCAAUCCUGCUUUCCCUCAAUACUAGCCAAACUUCUACCCAUUUUGGAAGAAGGUACCAUGGUGGGAGUAAUACAAAAAUUUGUUAUUGCGUCUAUGUUUAUGUGGGCUGCUCCUGUUGCUAUUUUAUAUGGUUUCAACCAUAAUUUGUUUCCUGGUUCUACUCAAUUGUCUCCUUAUUCUGUUACAUUGUUGAGUGGUUUCCUGGCUGUCAUAUCUGUCAAUGUGAUUAUUGCAUUCUACAUUUGUAUGGCAAUGAAGGAACCGUCACAUAAGCAUGAGCCAGAUCCUAAAUUCCUUGCAGAGGCCAAGGCUAGUAUUCGGCACUCUGAAUCAACUGAAGCUGAGGAUUCAUCAAAUACACGGACGAAACAAGAGUAGCUCUAUCUGGUUGCAGCCUCGCAGCUGCUGGAUUGUAUUAAAAAGAAAAUGUGCCAGUACAUUGAAUUACUAAUCAUGCGACAAGUUAUUUUUCCCUAGUCAAUGUUUUGCUAUAGUGCUGGAGAUAGUGUUGGCAAAUUUUCGCAAGGUGAGAACAGUAGAACUGGACUACGCUGUAAUUUUUUAGAGGGCUGGUAGUCCAGUGACAUUGAUUCCAUCAGCUUUUUUUAUUUACUGUUUUUUAACUUUUUGUCAUUUCCGUUCUUCUAUGUCCAAGGGAUCAUAGGUUUUGAUUCUUCAAAGACAGGAGUAUUGAGUUGGUGGUUGGAUUUUGGAGCCUCUUUGUGUUGAUAUGAAGCUUCCAAAUUGACAUUA